AUGAGCUCCAGCCAACCAGGGGCAUGCCCGUGCCAGACUGCUGCAGGGCGUCCGGCCAUCCUGUAUGCAUUGCUGAGCCCCGGCUUCAGGGCCAGACCCUCUGUCCCUCCAUCCCGCAGCCACUGCCUGUGCAGGGAACAUCGGCCUGUCCGGCUCCGCACCCCUCAUCGCACCUGCCAGCAGGCCCUGGACAUUCUGGCUAAGAUGGUGGCCUUCCUUCGGAAUCUGCCAUCCUUCUGCCAACUGCCCCCUGAGGAUCAGCGACGGCUGCUGCGGAGUUCCUGGGGCCCUCUCUUCCUGCUGGGUUUGGCCCAAGACACAGUGACCUUUGAGGUGAUUGAAGCCCCAGUGCCCAGCAUACUCAAGAAGAUCCUGCUGGAGGAGCCCACCUGCGGGACAGGCAGAGGGCAGCUCCCGGACCGGCCCCAGCCUUCACUGGCUGCGGUGCAGUGGCUACAGUGCUGUCUGGAGUCCUUCUGCAACCUGGAGCUGGGCCCCAAGGAAUACGCCUAUCUGAAGGGGACCAUCCUCUUCAACCCUGGCGUGCCAGGCCUCCAAACCUCCUCCCACAUUGGGCGCUUGCAGCAGGAGGCCCACUGGGCGCUAUGUGAAGUCCUGGAACCCUGGAGCGCGCCAGGCCAAGGCCGCCUGGCCCAAGUCCUCCUCACAGCCUCCACCCUCAAGUCCAUCCCGCCCGGGCUGCUCGGGGACCUCUUCUUCCGCCCCAUCAUUGGAGACACUGACAUCGCUGGGCUCCUGGAGGACAUGCUUUUGCUGAGGUGA